AUGGGCAAGAAUUUGUGCUACUUUGGGUUUGUAAUGUGUGAUCUCACUGCUGAUGUUGUUGUGAUUGGUGUUUUUCUUUUGCUCUCCUCUUUGUCUAAUAUAAAUCUCAAGGUUGAUGGUAGCUCUGGAGCUGUUAAUGAUGUGGCAGGCACCUUGAUGCAGAAGUUCUGGGAUUCAGCACUUGCAUUACAGCCACCUGAUGAUUAUGAUACUCAUAGUGAAAUGUCUGGAUUUAUGGCUUCUGAUGGGGUAGAGCAAUGGAAGCUUGGUAGCUAUCCAUCUCUUGGUCUUGGAAAUUCAUUUGCCUUCAAAUUUGAGGAUCUAAAGGGUCGUGUACAUCGAGUGAAUUGUGGUAAGUGGUUGAGGACAGGAUCUUUGCAAUUUCAUGAGAUCUGAAUUCCCUUUUGUACUUGGAUACUUUUUUCAUCCUAUUACAAUUGUCUUCUUU